UUUACAAACAAGCAAUUUAGCUAACCUGCCACUAUCUGAAGAGGGUGUUGUAUACAUAGCUAUCAAGGGAUCUUUGCAUGCUAAUGAUUGUUCAGUAUUUGGACUGGGUGAUGAAGAAGUGAGAGCUCUUUCCAAAAAGUUUCCAGGAACUGGUGUUGUAGUUAAUGGAGUUGCCAUUAAAGCCAAUGUACUAGUAGCUAUGAAUUCUUUAGCUCAACUUGGCUACAAGAUCAUUUCGAGCACUGGAGAAACUGAAAUAACUUGGACCUUGCAACGGGAUAUUUAAAAAUAUUACUAACUACAUUAUAAUCUUUGUCUAAUCUUGUCAAAAAUGGACCACAAUAAUUGUGAUCACUCUAAUUGUACAAAUGCUACUGCAACUUCUUCAGUAUGCCAAACUUUAUCAGAAAUGGAUUGGGAAAGAGGCAUGUGGUAUGCAGCAUUCAAUGGCGAUAAGGAUAGAGUUCACUUACUUAUUGAUAAGAGUAUGAAAGUGAAAGAAGCUGUAAAUGCACCAGAUAAUUCUGGCUAUACCGCACUUCACUAUGCUGCACGCAACGGACAUGUUGAUAUUUGUAAAACACUUUUGAGUAAUGGGGCACUUAUUGAUAGUCAAACAAGGACAGGCAAAGCUACCCCCUUACAUAAAGCUGCUGCUGCAGGUAAAGUGGAAGCAGUAAAGUUUCUAAUUCAGUCUGGAGCAAAUAUUCGUUUGCAAGACAUUGAUGGUGAAACAGCUCUUCACAAGGCAGUGGCAAACAAGAAUUUUAACUUGGUGGAUAUUUUGCUGCAAGCUUGCCCAGAAUUAAAGAUGAUUAAGGACAAUAAAGGCCGUUCUGGAAUUGGAAAUUAAUUUAUAAAGGCUUUUGUAAUAAUAUUUGUACACAUUUCAAAGAUAUAUGAAUAAUAUUUGUAUCACAAAUUUUCACUACACAUUUAAUUCAAAAUACUGAUAAGAUAAACAUGAAUUUAGAUAUGUAUAUCUUAGUAGGGUGUGUCGUGAUUUACAACAAAUAACUUGAGCAUUUCAUAAACAUGUUCUGCAAUCAAUCAUCUGAUGAAGCGCGACUAGAUAUAUUGACGUGAUAAAUAAAUAAAGACUAAAUUCCUCCAUUGCAUGAUUGAAUAUACUAUUAAGAAAAGGUUCAGGAAAUUGAAAAAAAACUUACUAUUUUAUAAAGUAGUGUUAAAAAAAAUAUAUUUUUGGGUUACAAUUUGGGUUCAAUUAGUAAUAAAAAUUACACAAGUUUUGUUAUUUGUUAUUAUAUGCAUUAAUAUGUAGAUAUUUUAUAUUUAUGAUAUUCACCCUUUUCGAAAUUGCAUAUUCAAUUAUUUAAUCUAGAUAGUUUCGGAACGCAUAUUUAUGCCGUUUGAGUAGUUGCGAAACAUAUCCAGUCCAUGCCAGAGACAUAAUUAUUCACUUUUUUACACGAGGCACUGUAUCUGAAACAAUUAGCACGCUUGUAGUAUACUUUGGAUAUUGAACGCAAAAUUAUUAUCAUAUCAAUACACGCAAAAUGCAUGUGGUAUUGUCGCUUUUAGUAUUGUGUUUAAAUUAUGAACAAAACUUACAAUAGUAGCAUGUACAAUGAACAGGGAAGGAAAAACUAAUGAUAAUGUACCUUCAUUUCAAUAAUGCUAUACUUUGGACCAGACAAAUACAUCAAAUACAAAAUGAUUUCUCUAUUGAUAAGUGUUUACAAAUUGUAUUUUAUUAUUCGUUUUUCCUUGUUUGUAAAAUUUUACUAUACUUUCGUACUUUUGUAUAGUUUUUUCCCAAGUGAAAGAUCCUUAAUAUUUUCUACAAAAAUAAUUUGUAAUAACAUUAAGUAUACUACCUUUGAUUGCCCCCAUAGGUAGAGCACUUAACAUUUAAUAUAUUUCAUGUAUAUUAUUCCUUAAGUAUGAAUUAUAAUAUUUUUUUAUUUCUUUUUUUGUUUACUCAAUGACCAAUAAGGAUUUACUUUUUGUUUGAUUUAUAUACCUAUAUUUAAUUUAAUUAGUUUCUAACUUUGUAUAGGUAUUAUUCAACUAAUACAUUAUAUUUAUAUACAUAGACUUAGAAAUUCGAAAAAAUUAUUGCUGUUGCAUUCUUAUUUAUUAAUAUAUUCUAUAUUUAUGUUAAACAAUUUUGUUAUUUUUUUUAUCUAAGUCAAAUGAAAGAACACCAUUAUCGUUCGAUUUAAUCUACGAAAUAUCAAGUACGCAUCUGUCCUAGUUCCUUAACUUCGUAACUUCAUAUAUUGGUGUAUUUGUUGUACCUUACUUAUAGAAAUAAGAAAGUCUUGUAUGCAAUUGUAUUGUAGUACCCAAUCUCUUAAAUUGCAUUUCGAAUACUAUAUUUGAAAAAGUAAUGUUUGUCUGACAACAUAAAGAAAAAGUUUUAUUUUCACCGAACUAAAAUGUGCUGCAUUUAUAGAUUUAAAAUUUGUGUGUAUGGUAGAAAACGUUUUAAUCUUGCUACAAGUUUGUGAAAAUUAAUAGGUAGGUACUUCAUAUUUGAUGUUAACAGGUAUAUUUGCUAAUUAUAUUAUUGUUUUUAAGGGAAUAAAUGUUAAAAAUGGGUACCAUAAAUUUUUAUCGGAUGUGUGUAAACACUCCUUUCAGUAUUUUUUUGUUAAAAGCUAUUUAUUGUAAGUUGAUUUAAAUUUUAAAUUGCUGGAUGCAUAUUUAUUUAUGCAGGUCUGUGUUACAUAGCUGUACCAAAAAAUUAUUCCAUAAACUUUGAAAAAACUAAAACAUUUUUUCUUUGUAAUAAGAUAUGUUUAAUGAAAUAAAAUUAGUUUUAAUACAUUA